UUAUUAUUCAAAUUAAUGAAUUUUACUUUUUCAAUGUAUAUCAAAUAAAAAUAUAUUAGUAAGUUAUUAAAUAAAUUACUAUUUAUAAAAAUUUAUAAUUUGAAAUAAAUAAAUAAAUAAAGUAAAUCUAUAUUUUUGCGAGAUGGAUGAUUUUUCAUGCAAUAUAGUAUUUUUUUUUAAACAACGUGAAGUUCAUCAGACAUAAUUUUUUUUAAACUAUGUAGAAUUUAUUUGGCAUAUUUCGAUUCCAGGUUCUACUUUCUCAAUUCUCUACUCUAAGUCUUUUUUUUUUAAAUAAUAAUAAAAUUAUGAUUGAAAUUGUAAAAUGUUAAAAGAAAUGUUUAUAUUUAUGAAAAAUAUUUACAUUUAAUUAAUUUUUAUUUUAUAAUAAUUUCCAUGGAUGGUUGAAAUCGGUAUUGGAGUGGGAAGGAGAAAUCUAGCGAGUUCAAGAAAAAUAAUGGACCAAGAUGAAGCUAAAAGCAACGAGAAUCACUCUUCCUCUUCGCGGGACUCCAAUCCAUGCCCCAUCUGCCUCGGUCCCUUCCUUCAAGAAUCCUAUCUCGAUUCCUGUCUCCACAGAAAACCUUUCAAUAAUUUAUGGAUAUGAUGGAAGUUCAUUCCAAAUGCAGUAUAUAAAUGACAAUUUUGAGCUUAGUUCUUUCUUUUCAAAAGCUCACAAGUAUAGAUUAAAAUGCUAUUAUAUUGAAUCAGGUAUCUUGAGCAAUAUAGUUAACGCAUUGCGAUAUUGGAAGUCCCGUAAGUGUCUUCAACCAAAUCGGUGGCUGCAAAGUUGGUUGAGAAUAGAAAUUCAGGCUCUUUUGCAGGAAGAGGAUGUUGAAAUUAUUGUACACCAUAUGCUUGGUGUGGUUGAUUCAUUCUUGAGAAGGGGUGAUCAAUCUCAUCCAAUGAGAACACCUGAAACAAAACAAGGAGAGUUCAAGAAUCUAGUCUCUGAUGCAGCAAGGCCUUUUCUAGCAGCAAGAACAGAACGAUUCGUGAAUGAGAUGGAAUUGUUUCUUGCUUCAGGUUUCAACAUUGAAGCCUAUGAUGAAGUAUACAUGCAGUAGUUGGGUUGGAACACUCCUAGAUUGACUAGUCGUUUUGGGAAUGAUGGAAUGCUUGAGGGAAUUGUGAAGAAGAGUAUCCAAUAAGUCAUUAGCAUGGACCAAUCCGAUUCACGAAAAGAAAGAAGUAUCGUUAUGACGUUAUCUAGGGGUGCCAUGCAGACAGUAGGGAUACCUCAGAAUAAGGGGAGCCUUGAAGAAAAAGGGAGAUUAUAGGAUCAUGGCCAGAGCUUUGCGCAUGUAAUUGUUUGUACAAGGUUCUGUUGUAGAAGUAAUGUUUAACUAAUAACUUUCAUUUUGUGGCAUUUGCCUUGUCUCCCCCUGUUCCCUUUGAGUUGUGAACUCUUUUUUGAGGUUACAUUAAAUUUUAUUAAGUUAUUUUAAAAUAAAUCUAGAAUAGGAUUUCUAUGAUGUAGAUAUACGCUUCAUUUUCGCUCUAUAUUCAAGGUGUACCACAUUUAUGGUAGCUUAGUGACAACAUUGAUCUUCAGUUUUAUCUAUUAUUGUUCUUAAA